UACGGUAUGCUCUAUUACUAUUGCGAUAUUACAGUUACCGUAGUUAAAAAGAACGGACGCUCUAGCUUGUUCCUGCGCGGAGAUCUGGGCAGAGAAAGGAUAGUUGUUAGGAGAUCUGGGUCACCAAACUACAGCCAUCCUGGAAGAAACUAUCUCAUGUACUGAAGGAACUGGGGGAAGAGGAACUGGCCCGUCAGGCCGGGAAUAAAGGUAGUGUCUUGGCAGCGACUGUUCCCUACAAUUGGCAUACAGAGCCACAAGAGCAGUCGCAGGUACAGAGGAGGCUGACCAGUGACUCAAGCUCAAGUGGAGUUGUUGCUGAUGCCUCAUCUCAGUCCAAUGACUUCAGUGGUGAGGUGGUGCCUGGAGUAGAGAAGACAGUAGCUCCUGAUGAUGGCAACAAUGAAGGUAGAAGCAAGAACACCAUGCCAAAUCAUUGUACAAGCGGCGAUCGAGGUGCCAGAUCGGGCUUUGUGGCUUACCCUGCUUCCCAAGAGCUCAUUGUCAGUGGGAGCCAUGAGGAUACCAAGUGUAAUGUUGGGACUGUCACCGUCGCAUCAGAGAAGGAGGAGAAAGUGACCAUUGUGAGUGGCACUUAUCUCUUCGACUUCCCCUACGAACCUUCCCUUGAAGAAUGCCACAUGCUUUCUUCAUUGGAAGACAAUGAUCCAGUGAGUACCCAGGGACCAGAUGAUGACUACCACUCUGAGUCCAUCAGUUCUGGGAGACAGACCAGUGACGCAAGCUCAAGUGGAGUGGUUGCUGAUGCUUCAUCUCAGUCUAGUGAGGUGGUGCCUGGAGUGGAGAUGGCACCAGCCACUGAUCGUGUCAACAAUGAGGGAAUCAGGGGAGGCAGGAAUGUCAUGCCAGAUGAUUGUUCAAGCAGCGAGCAAGGUGCCAGAUCUGUCUUUUUGGCUUACCGUGCUCUCCACGAGGAGGGUCUCACUGUCAGUGAGAGUGGUGGAGGGGAUAAUGGUACCAAGUGUGAUGUUGAGACUAACUCCACCAUUGAAUCAGGAGAGGGGGGAAAAGCGACCAUUGUGAGUGGCACUUAUGUCUUCGACUUCCCCUACAAACCUUCUCUUGAAGAAGUCCACAUGCUUCCCCCAUUGGAAGGCAAUGAUGAUCGGGACUUUGCUCAAGAUCCAGUCGUUGGAAGGGAUGUUAUCACAGGAGGUGUGGUGGUGGUGAUCCCUCAGCAGUGCACUGAUUUCAGAGGACCAGAGGAGAUGAACACAACCAGAGGUCCAUUCAGACCACCUGUCAAUGAGAGUCGGCAGUGUGCAGGAAGGUUUGGGCUCAACAAGGCAGUCUACCCUUCCCUUGGUUUUCAGGCUGGAGAAGGAAUGCUGGUGAUUGGAGGCCCAUACACGAGACAUGACAUCUUCAAACCGGUGCCCCAUGAUGAGCCAUCUCCAGAGCCACUGGAGAACCAGCCCCAACCAUUCCCAGAGGAGACCGACUCCUCCCAGCCACUCCCACCAGAGCCCACUUCAUCCCAAUCCCAGCUUCCAGAUGUCUCACCUCUUCAGGUGCAAGAGAACAACCCAUCCUCUCUUCCACCACCACGCACGUUCAUGGAAUGGCAAGGGCUCGAUCCCCCAGGAAAUUACCAGGAGAUCAUGAAGUGGCUGCACACUGGAGUGAGUCGUGGUUUCCAUGGGCCAGAUGUACUCGGCUCCCCACACGGUUGAGCUCCCUUCUUCAGCAGUCGUUUAGACAUACAUAGACUGAGGCUGCUGAGAUUUUUUUGUUGUUAUGAAGGAUAAUGCUCCUGAUGGCAGUUUUUAAAAAAAAGUGUUUAGUCUGACAUGUAGCCAUGUUUUCCCUCAUGAUAUUUUUAUCCAGAACUUGUAGGUGCCAAGUUCUCUAUCUGUUACAUUUUCAGCUUUUACUAUUACUGUAUAAUUAUAGUGUGUAUAUGCUUGUCUGACAAGUAGUCAUUUUAUGGUGCAUCCCAUGUUCUAUUCUGAUAAAACUUU